AUGAUAGCGGUGGCUGUAAAAAAUGAUACCAUCUCCUCCAGGUAUGCCUUGGAGGUAGUAGAUGACACUCGGGAACUUGUGAGCAUGCGAGAGCGUGCGCUUGGAGGAUUGGGCCUGGAGCCAGAUACACGGGAACAGCCAAUGCUUCAUGGCAUUGAUCUUCAUUCCCUGCCAGUGUACCUGUCAUCGACGGAUCUGGAGGAACAGGACACCCUGUCUUCUGUGCCUGUCACCAAUGCCAUGAGUGCGAGGCUCUCAGAAACAGCAGGCCCACCCGCAUUGACACAAAGGCCUCGGCUGUCCCUGGGAGGCGGUGAAGGGUUGCCACCGGGAAUCUUGCGGCACCAGUGUCGCUUCUGCCCGUACGCAUCGCGGCACCGGGGCAGCCUGGUGCUGCACGAGCGGGUGCACACGGGCGAGCGGCCGUUUCGGUGCCACCUGUGCAGCCGUGGCUUCGCGCACCGUUCGCACGUGGUGCGCCACCUGCGCACCCACACCGGGGAGCGACCCUUCCGGUGCCCGCUCUGCCCGGCCGCCUUCUCGCAGCGCAGCAACGUCAAGGUGCACCUGCGCUCGCAUGGCCUGCACGCUGGCGGCAAUCGCCAGUCACGGCCAGCCGACACCAACGGCGCAACGCAACAGGCGCCCACACUCCACCUCUGA